GGCCAAAACUGAAUACAAUUAACAACAAAAAUGUAAAAGCGCGUCUCUUUCACACCAGUUUACGAAUGCGAUAAGAACGAAUGUUUGCUUAAAAUAAUUUUCUGUAUUUCCUCUGAUUAUUGAUAUAUAAAACAGUCGCGAUAGGAAGUAGAUCGACCAGUCUUUUUUAAAAAUUGUAAUACAAUGAAGACUUGUACAGUAUUUUUUGCGUUUAUGGUAAUUGCUCUAAAUACAUUUUCCGAUGCUACUAUGUGUAAACCCAAUUCACAAUUCCGAAUAGAUUGUGAUAUUUGUCAAUGCAGUUCAGACGGAACCGAAUACAGUUGUUCAAAUAGAAAUUGUGACGAUGAUGACACUUCGGACGUUGAUGUUUUCAAUUUUAAAGGUCGUUUGAGAAAUCCUAGGAUACCGAUACCGUACUUCAGAGAAAAUGACAUUCGCAAUUCUGCAGAAUCAGUUGACGAUAUUGAUCUUAGAUACGACGACGAUGAUGAUCAUAGUUUAAAUAUUAAUGACGACGUACCACCUAAAGAUGACGAUUUUCUAAUAAACGACGAAGAAAUACGAUGAAUACGAUCACCAUUUCACAGUAAAUCUGCUGUUGAAGGAAGCAGUUUUCUUAAAAAUGUUUUGCAGGAAUGUUUAUCAGUCUUUUGUUUUAUGAUUAGUUUUCUGAAAAUAACAUACCUAACGAUGGAUAAACUAUUUUAUAUUUUUCUACUAGUAUCAACAAUCGUGCGUAUAUGAACAAAUAUUUUAGCUAUUAAUACAAAAUAAUAUAAAAGAAACACAAUAUUACAGUUUAUUAUUGU